AUGAUUAAACCUCUAAUCAAGUGGAACUUAGUUUCAAAACAAUUAUCAUACAAACCAUGUGCUGUCAUUAUAGGAAAAACAGGAACUGGAAAAACGACGUUGGCUAAUAAACUUUGUGAAACAAACCAUCGAUCGGGUGUAGCAAGAGGAAGUGUUACACAAGAACUUUAUCGAAAUGGUGCUUGUUGUGGUCAGUAUCCAUUUUAUUUAAUUGAUACACCUGGAACUGAUAGUUCAACGGAACCAUACAAACACGCAAUUCUAUUAAAAGAAGGCUUAACAGCAACAAAACUAAAUACAAUUUUCCUUGUCAUUAAAUAUGAUAAUCGAUUCGAUAAAAUUACCGAAAAUUAUUUUCAAGUAGAACUACCGAUCAGCAAAUAUGCUCAUAAGAUUGUUGUAAUGAUUUCUCAUUGGGAUCAAUCGAAAACUCCACAAAAUGAUUUUAAAACCAUUUGUGAAUUAUUUGCAGAAGAAUGUCCCAAUGUAGUGAAUUUAAUAUUUUUUUCUGAACAAUCUUCCAAUUCAGAAGUAGCAAAUUUAAUGUAUAGUUGUAUAUCCAAUAUGAACGAAGAAGAAUUAAAAAUUACUGAUGAAGAGUUUGCUUUGAAUUUCAAUAUAUAUGAAAUGAAAAGUCAAAUGAAAGUAUCAUUUAAACAAUAUCAAAAUAGAAUCAAUUUACUUGUGCAAGAUUAUACAAAAUUAAUUAAUUCUAUGGAAUCUGAAUCAGUUGAAGAUAAAGAUGAAGUCUAUCAUAUGAUUAUCGUUAAAUUCAAAGAAGAAAUCGAUACAUUAUUGCAACAGUUUCAACAACAACAUGGGAGUGCAAUGCAAGAAUUAGAUUAUUAUGCAUUUUACAUUAAAAUGCAAAAAGAAAAUGUUAAAAUUUGUGAUGAAUUUGUCAGAAAAGUUGUACCAUUAAUGUCUUUUAAUUUAUUUGAUAAUGAUGAUCCUCGAAAUUUAAUUAAAAGAUGUCCAAAUUGUCAUUUAAUUUGGUACAAAACAGAAGGUUGUGAUGGAAUUACUAAUUGUGGCAACAAUGAUUUUAAUAAUUACUUCGAUAUAAAUAAAAAACCUUUUUGGAAAUAUAUAGUGGAACGAGUUAAUGGCAGACUUCAAUGGAAAAAAAAUAAGAUGGAAAAACCAAUACCUGAAAAACCAGCUCAAAGUAAUUCCAAACGAGUUGGUUGUGGAAUCGAAUUUGUAUGGGGUGAACAACCAAAAAUAGAAGAAGAAAAAAUUCUAGAAUUAUUCAAAGUAAAAACAUUCGAAGAAGCUAAAGAACUAAUUAAAAGUGCAAAAUUCGAACAACUUAGACAAAACUAUGAACAGAACAUUAAUCGUGAAUUUCAUUGUUAA